UUCUUCUCGUCCUGCCUUUCUUGCCUUGCCUUCUCUCUAAUGAUUUUCUGUAUUUGUUUGUAAUUGUGAAUGUGAUUUUCACACACACACCACACUAACCCUUACCAAAUUGAUGUCGUACUCGUACCCCCAAUUCCAAAUCUGCUUUCAUUCACCCUUUUUUUUCCCCAAAUCUCAUCCGUUGAAUUUCUCACCUUUAUUUGUUCCAUAAAUUUGGACCUGUGUUGUGUUACAUAACCAUUCCAUCCUUAUUUUUCCCAGCACAAAAAUCUGGUCACUCACACCAUCCACAUCUAUUCAGGUUUUUAACCAGGAGCCCACGAAAAAUCACACAACCAAGUAUUUUAUUUUUUUUACCCAGGAAAAAUUAAUGGUGAUCCACGGUUCUUAGAGAAUUUUGAUUUACUUGAUGAUUGGGGCUGCAAGUUUGCAUUGACGUUUUAGAAUUAAACUAUGGAGAUUCUUACAUGUCCUGGCACUCGUCUUGUUGGAGAAUCUGAUGGUCCUGAGCAGAGAUUGGAGACGGCUUUUAAACAUGAUGUAAAAUCUGAUAGCCUUCAAGAUGCUGAACAUGGGACAACAGAUGUCCAAGUUGAGAGGUUAACCCUUGAUGUUGGAGAGUCUCAGGAAGUGAGAGAAAUUGGAGAUGGAUUAAUGUUUGAGAGUUUCCCAGCUUCGGAAGGAGGCGAUCAUGGGGAUAUGUGCAGUGAUUUUGAUGUUGAUGGUCAGAAUCUCCCCUGCAAUUCUCAUGAUUCUGAAGAUGACAACUUAGGCAAAAUUGAUCACUUUGCAGAAGCUGGUCUUACAAUAGAAAGUUCUGACAUGGUCUUGGAUUCAUCUGAAAGUGGACUCCCCGAUAACAAUCAGGAGGGUUCAGCCCAUUCUGAUAUUAAAGCCUUAGAACAGGAUGAACCCCAAGCAGUUUGGGUAAAGUGGAGAGGGAAGUGGCAGUCAGGGAUCAGAUGUGCAAGGGCUGACUGGCCUUUAUCGACUCUAAAAGCAAAGCCAACUCAUGGCAGGAAACAAUAUCUUGUGAUAUUCUUUCCCCAUACAAGGAAUUAUUCAUGGGCUGAUGUAUUAUUAGUCUGCCCAAUCAAUGAGUUUCCGCAGCCCAUUGCCUAUAAGACCCACAAAGUUGGUAUGAAGAUGGUGAAAGAUUUGACUCUUGCUCGUCGUUUUAUCAUGCAAAGAUUGGCUGUGAGCAUGCUGAAUAUUCUUGACCAGUUGGGCCGAGAGGCUUUGAUAGAAACAGCUCGGGAUGUGGCAGUUUUGAAGGAUUUUGCUAUGGAGGCCUCCUGCUGUAAAGAUUAUUCUGAUCUUGGAAAGAUGCUUUUGAAACUUCAAAAUAUGAUACUACCGCGUUGCCUAAAUUCAGAAUGGCUUCACCAAUCCCUGCUACCCUGGAAGCAACGAUGUCAGGAUGCAAAUAGUGCUGAAUUCAUUGAGAUGCUGAAGGAGGAAUUGGCUGACUCCAUCUUAUGGGAAGAGGUAAACUCAAUUGCAAGUGAGGCACUACAGGUGAAUGUCAGAUCGGACUGGAAGAAUUGGAAACAUGAGGUCAUGAAAUUGUUUUCCGCGUGGCAUCCGAUGUCUACGAAUGUAGGGUCAGACCAACCUAUAAAUGAUAAUCCGGACACCCUGGAAUUUCAGAUGACCAGGAAGAGACCAAAGCUUGAGGUUCGUCGUGCUGAUGUAAACACAUCUGGUUCACAUCCAUGUGUACCUAUGGAAGCUAAUUCAACCUUUUGUGAUGGAUAUGAUGUGACCACUGCAUCACUAGACUCAGAAACUAAAAAGGAGAGUUCCAUCGCCAAUGCUGCCCUGGGAGGUUCCCCUGGUUCUGUUGGCAAUACAUGGAAUGAUUUUGUUGUUGAGGCCGGACAUCUGGAAGCUAGUAAGUCUCAAGAUAUGGAGUCGACACCUGCCAGUUCUGUUUCUCAGAAACCUGUAGAAUCGGGAAGUCGAAAUCGGCAAUGCAUGGCCUUUAUUGCAGCUAAGGGAAGGCAGUGUGUGCGUUAUGCUAAUGAAGGGGAUGUUUAUUGUUGUGUACAUUUGGCAACUCGUUUUAUUGCGAAUCCUGCAAAGGCUGAAGCAAUGGCUCUUGCAGACUCACCAAUGUGUGGGGGCACCACAGUUCUUGGAACUAAAUGCAAGCAUAGAGCUCUAAUUGGUUCGUCUUUCUGCAAGAAGCACAGGCCCGACGAUGGCAAAAGUACGGCAUCUCCUGUUAAUAAACUUAAAAGAAAAGGUGAAGAGAAUCUCAAGCAAUCGGAGAGUAAACGGUUGACAAAUUAUGUUUUUUCCAGAGAAGCUGAAGAUCCCGUACAGUUAGGUUCCCUGCUUGAUAUGGGAAAAAGCAUCGUUCAAGAAAGCAGCGCGAAUGAGAACUCUGAGCAGCUUCAGCAAUCUAUUGGUAGUGAUGAGGUGGGGCAGUGCAUUGGUCCAUUGCCCUCGAAUGUUAGUGAGCCCUGUCUUGAAAUACCCAAAAGACAUUCUUUAUAUUGCGAGCAACAUAUUCCAAGCUGGCUUAAGCGUGCAAGGAAUGGCAAGAGUAGGAUAGUUUCCAAGGAAGUGUUCAUUGAACUUCUGAAAACUUGUAAGUCGAGGGAACAAAAGUUGCAUUUACACCAAGCAUGCGAAGUCUUUUACAGGCUUUUCAAGAGUAUAUUAUCUUUGAGAAAUCCAGUACCCAAGGAGGUACAAUUUCAAUGGGCUAUUUCUGAAGCUUCAAAAGAUGUUGGAGUAGGGGAAUUCUUAAUGAAAUUGGUGUGCAAUGAGAAAGACAGGUUGAAGAAGGUCUGGGGCUUUGAAGAUGGAUUGAGCUUGCAAGCUUCAGCAACAUUUAAAGAAUCCAUUCCAGUCUCAGAUCCAGCUCCAGUUCCAGUGGAGACAGCCAAGGACAGUGAUCAGGAAAAUGCCAUCAAGUGCAAAAUAUGCUCGGAAAAGUUUGUUGAUGAUGAAGCACUUGGAAGACACUGGAUGGAUAGCCACAAGAAAGAGUCCCAGUGGUUAUUUAGACGAUAUGUCUGUGCUAUUUGCCUGGAUUCUUUUACUAAUAAGAAGGUUCUGGAAGCUCAUGUACAGGACAGGCAUCACGUUGAGUUUGUUGAGCAGUGUAUGCUUCUACAGUGCAUUUCUUGUGGCAGCAAUAUCGGGAAUCCUGAUCAACUAUGGUCACAUGUGCUGUCUGCUCAUCCCUUCGAUCUAAGGCUGUCAAACCCCGCUCAACAGCAAGAUCAAAGUUCAAGGCAGACACCAGUGCUGAACAAUUCAGAUACAUUGGACAAUGUUAAAUCUGAGAAUCAAUCCGUGCAUCAUCGGAGGUUUAUCUGCAAGUUUUGUGGCUUAAAAUUUGAUUUGUUACCUGAUCUUGGCCGCCACCAUCAAGCUGCUCACAUGAGUCAAAAUUCUAGUGGUCCUCGCCUGACGAAGAAAGGCAUUCAGUUCUAUGUGCAGAAACUGAAAUCUGGUCGGCUGACUCGUCCCCGCUUCAAAAAGGGUUUGAGUUCAGCAUCAUAUACUAUUAGGAAUAGAAGCGUGCAGAAUUUGAAGAAACGCAUCCAGCCAUCAAGUGCCAUUUCCCCGGCUGAAAUCCCAGUUCAAUCCUCUAUACCUGAAGUGGCAACACUUGGUAGCUUGGCAGAUUCUCAAUGCUCGGCUGUUGCACAAAUAUUGAUGUCGGAGUUGAAAGGAAUCAAGCCACAUCCAAGUAGUUCAGAAAUUUUAUCAAGUGCCAGUUCUGCUUGCUGUAAGAUAAGCCUGCAAGCCUUGCUGGAGUCUAAGUACGGUAUUUUGCCAGAGAAGAUGUACCUGAAAGCCGCAAAACUGUGCAGUGAGCAUAAUAUACCAGUUGAGUGGCACCAAGAUGAUUUUAUUUGCCCUAGGGGGUGCAAGUCGAAUGCGCAAUUACCAAUUUUGUCUCCCAUAGAGCCCUUACAAGAGAAGAUGUUUAAGAUAAAAUCUUCUCCCUCAUCAAAUGUUACAGCUUCAGAGUGGACAAUGGAUGAGAGCCACUGCAUUAUUGAUUCCCGACAUUUUUCCAUGGAUCUCUCUGAGAAAAAUGUAGUUUUAUGUGAUGAUAUUAGUUUUGGACAGGAAUCGCUUCCCAUAGCUUGUGUGGUGGAUGAAAAUCUUUUAAAUGCUGAGGUGCCCGAUGGACAAAUCAGCGAGGACUCCUUUCCAUGGGAAACAUUUACUUAUGUCACAAAAUCGGUGCUUGACCAAUACCCUGCUCUUGAAUCCGAGAGUAUGCAACUGGGGUGUGCUUGUUCUCAUUCGACAUGUUCUUCUGAAACAUGUGAUCAUGUGUACCUUUUUAACAAUGAUUAUGAUGAUGCCAAAGACAUUUAUGGAAAGUCUAUGCGCGGAAGGUUUCCCUAUGAUGAGAGAGGCCGGAUUAUAUUAGAGGAGGGUUACGUUGUUUACGAGUGCAAUCAGAGGUGCCGUUGCAGCAGCAAUUGCCGAAACAGGAUUCUGCAAAAUGGGGUGCGAGUAAAGUUGGAAAUUUUUAAAACCGAAAAAAAGGGUUGGGCAGUGAGGUCAAGGGAAGCAAUUCUUCGCGGCACCUUUGUCUGUGAAUAUAUUGGGGAGGUUAUAAGCGAAGAUGCAGCGGAGGAGAGGCGCGCCAGGUAUGGUCAAGAAGGCUGCAAAUAUCUUUUCGAGAUCGAUGCUGGAAUCAAUGACAUGGGCCGGAUGAUCGAAGGACAGCCUCCCUUCGUAAUCGACGCCACAAAUUAUGGAAAUAUUUCGCGCUACAUCAACCACAGCUGUGCGCCGAAUCUCGUGAACCAUCAGGUUCUUGUGGAGAGCAUGGACAGCCACCUCGCGCACAUCGGUUUCUACGCCAGCCGGGAUAUAUCGCCAUGGGAGGAAUUGACGUAUGAUUUCCGGUACAAGCGAUUACCCGGCGAAGGAUGGCCGUGCUUAUGCGGCGCCACGAAUUGCCGGGGAAGGCUCUGUUAGUUAUCUGUGGCUAAUGUAGAAAGGAGAGCCCUUUGGUUCGUUUGCUACAUUCUUACCAUCACCAUUUCUAUACAUACAUAUAUAUAUAUAUAUAUAUAU